AUGACGACUCCGAUCAAGCGGUUCUUGCAGAACGCACAUCGCAGACCAGAAGACGAACCGGUGUACUACGAUGCGCCUCCGCGGGGUCUGCAGCCACCCGAGUUCAUCAGGACGACAGACUACCGAGAGAACUUGGUCAACUUGGUCGUGUUCUACUCGUCUUACGUGCUGAUGCUUGCGUCGGCCGCGGUGGUCAUCUACUUCUCUUUGCGGAGAGAGUCGUCAUUCGACCAGACCUUCGACGUACAAGCAUUUCCCGACGUUGUCUUUGCUUGGAACGCAGAUCGUGCAGUGACGGCACUGCCAACAAUUUCUGCCCCUGGGAGCGGCGGACAGGCAUCAUGCACUCCAUAUCGCUGGAGCAGGGGACUUCGUCUGGAAUACGACUGCACUUCGCUUGCUGCCGAUGCCACAGAGAGGCUUUUCUUCAGCCUCUAUUCGACAACGCCGUAUCCAGCCACAACCAAGACGUACCGAGACUCUCGCCUGAGGUAUUCUGAUAUCGAAGUGCCGACCUACUACGUCAGCUACUCGACUUACAUUCCUACCACGACUGCAAACGUCAACGCAGCUGCCAGCACACCAUCCAUUCCAGCAGGUCCAUCAGCAAUCGGCAUCUCUGCACCCUCAGCGGUCCAGCUCGCCGCUGACAUCGCCGCCACAGUCACACCUGCACCCGCUCUCAUGAGGAAACGCCAAGAAAGCAGUGCAGCACAAAGCACCAUCACGGCCUCGCCGACUCCAACGUCGCUUCCUCUUCGAAAGCUGGAGUACCCGUCCUCGUCUCUCUCAGCUCUUGCUGCAGGAACCAUCGUAUCGACCAUGGCCACGCCAUCGCCCACGACGACCUCUAUCGUGGUAUCCACCGCGAAGCUGAAGCCGAGCUUCAACAUCUUCUUCAUCGUCGCAGCUGUCCUCCCGGUUGUGUUCGCAAGUCUUACCACUCUGCUGGUGAGCUGCAACCUGAUGAUAGCGACUAAGAAAGAGUGGCCGCCGCGGCAAUCACGCCCCUCACCGCUCACUGCAGAGCAACGAGUGGAGCUUGCUGCCGAGACACGCAAAGCAACGAAAAGAAAGAAGGACGAAUCAGCGCUGUCGAAGAAACUCGAUCGGCCCGCCCGUAAGGCAACUGGUCCUCGCGCGGGAGCGAAAGGCCAAAGGACGGUGUCCUCGGGCGGAGGUGAUGUCUUUAGACAGCUUGGACGUGGUGCUCAGCCCGAGCCGUCGGAAGCCGCACCGCCUGCCUACCAAGAACAAGACGAUAGUGUUCAGCACGUCGCGGCAUGGCUUGCACAGCCCCGAGCUACUCAGAACGAGGUCGACGCCAUCGAGGUCGCGUCCAUCUCGACCGUCUCAAGUGACUCGAAUGCUACAGCUAAUUUUGCAGAUCAACUUGCGAUCGACACUGCGCCAUCUUUCGAUCAUGUUCGUGUGGAUCCACGGAUCGUACUGCCAACUCGAACAGAUGGCGGACGACUGCCCCUGCGCCUGGCUUGGUUCAUCCUGCCAUCGUACACCUACAUCUACAUGUGGGACAUGCUGUCGUUCGUGGUGCUGCUCGUUGCAGUGAUCUCUGCCGUUGGGCUGGCAGGAGAUGCAGCGAUGGAUGUCAGUACCUUCGUACGCAGCGGCGGCUGUCUGGGAGAGCCAGCGGACAAAGAUUCGGUGUACGACCUCCAACGACACCUCUGUUCAAAUAACAGGUUUCUCUCGGCAUAUCCCGUGGCGUACUCGAAUCCGACAACAAAGGCCACGCUCACCAAAGUGGGAGGCGAUGUUCUGGCCCUCUCGAUUGGGCUUGUCGUGCUCUUCCUGGCAUAUCUCACGUGGGUCACUGCCUUGCUCAGGAAAUCACACCUGACGCAUCGAGAUGGAAUGGAGCCGCGAGGUAACGACGAAGGCAAGAGGAUCACGGGAAGGACGAGGUGGAGAUACUUCACCGUUUGGAACAAGGUCGGCACUCAUGGCUGGCCGUACGCUGAGGCGACCGAGCUGGAAGCACGGUCACCGUGA